UAUGCGCAUGAUCGUAAAUAUGGCAGAUGAAAUCCAGAUCGUCAUGAGCAAAAAACGACGACUCAUCGAUCAAUAACAGCCUUGUAACUUCUUAAAUAUAUAGAAAUAAUGGCACAGUGCAAACAGAAUGCACAAGAGUUUGUGCAGAACACGUUUAAUCCACAUGUUGCUGUGUUAUGCAGCCGUGAUGCGGAAGUCCUAUGUCAGAAAAAUAAUUUGACAUUUGUGGAACUUGUUCAACCUUUUUGCCGGUUAACGUCAGAAGUUCACAUACGAGAUCCAAACAAUGUUCCUCACACAAUAAGACAUUUGAAAAUCACCAUGAGGGACAUGUCAGCAACUUUGCCGCAGCAGUCUGUGGCCAAGAAAAUCCUCAAUGAUAUUGUAGCUGGAGCGCAACCACAGCUGGUAGAGGGAAACAGAGGGAAUGUGGUAUCCAUUGGCAACUAUGAUUUACAGUUAACAUCUACAACCCCAUGGUUUGAGGCAUACAGAGAAAAGUUUCUGCAGAUGUUACCACCAAGUGACCACGACUUUCUUAACCAUUGUUUAGGAUGUGUAUUUGUUGUUUCAUCAGGACAUACAGAUCCACUGAGCAUGUUCAACAGUCUAGUAAACCAGCAGACGACACAACAGACCCAGAAUCCCAGUAAAAUCCCUCGUUGGUUUUGUCCUGGUACCCUAAGAUACUAUGUUUUACUUCAUGAUGUCAUUGAAGGAGAGGAUGCAAAGUAUGACAUAAAUCAGUAUCAAAGUCUAGGCGUCAGAGCUGAUGCUAUUUACCAAAGUAUGAAGUCUACUUACGGAGCAAAUGUGUGCCAUCUUUUAAACAUCAAUUCCAGAAGUAUCCAUACAGCUGAGAGUCUAAAGACAGACAAUAACCUUCCUGAUCCGUGGAGUCAGUUCCUUAACAAAAAUAAUACUGAACAACCUGUGAAAAAACAACAAAAAACUAGAUAUUUCAUAGCAUGGGAAGGAGCAGAUUAUGAUAUAGCCAAUGGAAGUGGUGCUGAUGAUGCUGGCUUUCCUAGUAAAGUGACGGAAGGAAAUAUCGAUCAGACUAGUGUCACAGACAGUAUGAUGGCAGACCUGUCAGAUACUGGUGAUGCAGCUUCUUCAGGCUCCAGUGAUUUAUUUGACCAUCCACUGUCAUUGAUGGACCAUUCUUCAAACUCCAUCAAUCAUAUAGAUGAUCAGCUGUCACCAGAUGGUACCUCAUCUCCUGAAUCAAGUCACAAUUACUCUUAUUCAAAAAACAAAUCUUCAGAUAAGAACAAACCAUCUUCAGGACAUGGAAUGUGCUUGACAACCAGUGAUCAGGAUAGACUUAAAAUAUUUAUACAUGAAUUUUGUGUUCGAGCAUUGAUCCCAUGGGCAGAAAAGCAUAUGAGGAUUCUAAAUGAUCAGCUUACCUCAAGAAAGGGUAUCCACAGGUCAUUAUUUAGUGCUACAAAGAAAUGGUUUGGUGGAAACAAACCUGUCAACCAAGCAGCCACAAAUCAGAACACCACUGUUGUAUACACAACAGAGGCACCUGAGCUACAGAUGAGAAGACUAGCAGAUUUAGCCUUCCUUUUCCAGAUGUAUGACUUUGCCUACAGAACAUACCAUACGGCCAAGAGAGAUUUCAAUAAUGACCAUGCAUGGCUUCAUUAUGCUGGAGCUUUGGAAAUGGCUUGUAUAGCUAUGUUUAUGGAUCCACAGGAACAAAAGUAUCCUUUCCAUUAUAUGGAGAGUGCUAUACAGACUUACCUACAGACCUGCAAAAAUCCGGUGUAUGCUGCUCGGGCCACAGUUGUUAGUACAGAAGCUUUAAAGAGUCGACGGAUGUACCAUGAAGCUGCUUUACAGUUCAUCAAAUUAACUAGUGAGGAUUCUGACUUGAGAAGUGCCUUACUGCUAGAACAAGCUGCUCAUUGUUACAUUAACAUGGAAGUUCCUAAAGUCAGAAAGUAUUCAUUCCACAUGAUAUUAGCUGGUCACCGAUUUAGUAAAGCUGGACAGCGUAAACAUUCCUUACGGUCAUAUUCCCAAGCAUUACAAGUUUACAAGGGAAAAGGAUGGGCAUUAGCUGAGGAUCACAUUAAUUUUACUCUUGGUCGACAGUCUUUCAACUUGAAACAUUUAGAGAAUGCUACUGCUGCUUUCAAGCACUUACUGACAGAAAACAGUAAACAGACGGCUGGUCAGCAAGGAGCCUUCUUCAGAGAGUACCUCUUUGUAUACAAGCAAUUACUUACCCAGGAAGCAGGAGAAUUAGGUGACCAUUCUGGACCUUUACCUGAAUUACCACUGCCAAUCGUAGACUCUAACGAAACUAAAGUAUUAUUAGGCAGUAGGCCUCAACCUAGUCAAGUAUCUGACAAAGUAGCUGUGUCAGGUGUAUGGUUUGAUCACAGUGAAUGCAAUCAUCCCCGGUGGACUCAGAUGGAAGAGAGGCUAGUGUCCUCUGCCAAUAAUGGAUUCCUUCCACCAACAUUCCGACCAACAUUGCAAGUCUUCACAAAUAAAACUAACAACAAAUAUAAUCCUGUUGGUUUUGUAGGUGAAUCAAUUGUUGUUGAAGCACAGCUAGUUAACCCAUUGAAAGUGAUGUUAAUGUUGACGGAGGUGUCCCUAUUAUGGACAUUCUUACCUGCAUUACCAGGAACAGAAAAACCACAGCUGAUUACCAAUGAAGUUCUCUCUAAUGUUAAGAAUACCUUAGCUAAUGAAAUCAUCUACACUCAAGUAAUAGAUAGUGUUACUCUUCAGGCUAAUGAACAGUUACCUGUGCAGUUAGUGCUUGUUCCUCACCAAACUGGAGAACUUAGGAUAGUUGGACUUGCAUUCCAUUUAGGAACAGCACAGACUGAAGGACCCAAGUCUUCCAAUACAUUAUAUGUUCGUGGUAAACAAAAACUUGAAGUUCAAGGACCUCGAUUAAAUAAUUCAAAAGAGGAAAAGGCCAGUAAAAUGUAUGGACCUGAUCGUAGAUUAGAUUUAGUUAUUCAACAAGAAAUGCCACAGUUACAAGUGUCGUUUUGUAAUUUCCCUCAGACGUUAUUGUGCGGUGAGGUGCAUGCCAUCAUGUUACAGUUUACGAACAUUGGUUCUAGUCCAUUACACAAACUCAAAGUAGGAUCAUCCAGUCCUGAAUUUUUUACGUUAGGAUCUCACGGUGAAAUACCCAAAUUUCCAACUGUGUAUCAGGAGUCGUCUGAAGUGCCAAAUAAAAGCUCAUCUUGUGAAUUUAAUUCCAAAAUGACAAACAUUAAGUCAUGUGUCGUAGACAUUGCUCUUCCAAAUGGUGUGUUACAACCAAAAAAUACAUUAUCUGUGCCAGCCUGGAUAAGGGGGAAUGAUAUUGGAGGAGUACACGAAACACAUUUUAUGUUUUAUUAUGAACCAAUUCAUUCAACACCAAAACCAAGAUAUAGACUGUUAAGACAUACUGCUGUGAUAAACACUUUAGAAUCCCUCAGUGUGAGAGCUGUAGCCAGAAGGGGAAAUAACUCAUCACAAACAGGGGGCACAACUGGUUCUUGUGUUGUUUUCUGUGAAUUAGAAAACUUGAGCCAGGUCCAAGCACAAAGAGCCCAUGUUAAAGAAGUACAGAUUAACCAAGUAUCUUGUGCCAGUGAUAGAUGGACAAUACAACACCUCAGUUCUCAACAAAAAAAAUCAGAAAUACAAGUGGGCAGUAGAGAAACUAUGCAAAUAUGUUUAAAAGCAAUAAGAAGUCCUACCAAUAUAGAAUCGAUAAAAGGGAAAGACUGUGUAUUAUUUAGUGAUGUUUCCUUUGACAAUCAACAGAUUUGUAGCUCAUUAACACCUUGUGCUGACUUCUACUUCUGCUCCAAGGCCAAAUUAUCCUCUGAUGAUACUCUAAGUAAAACUGCUGGGGAAUUUAGUGAUCUGAAAUGUGCAAUACAGAUAGGAUUAACACUUGUAAUAAUAUGGAAGGCAUUUGUGAUCAAUGAUACUGGUGAGGUACAGAUUAGAGUGGGUCAGCACCAUGUACAUAUAGAAAAGAUUGACACUAUAUUUACAUCUUAUCCUAUAAAAGAUGAUUCAGACAUGUCUUGUCAAGGAUUAACUCAGGGAUUAAAUGUGAUAAAACCUGAUCCACCACCUUUAAAGUUUAUAAAAACUGAAGAAGAUGAAGAUGAAAACAAAAAAUUAGAUUCAGAAGUCACUACACAACUAGUGGACAUUAGUUUUAGCCAUAAAAGUAAUAUAACACACAAUUUUCGUACAUCAAGGGUGUGUAUUGUACCUGUGGUUGUGAUGCUACACAACUGUUCCAAAAUACCUGUAGAGGUAUUAAUAGACACCAGUAAAUCACCUGACAGAUUGAAUUCUCGACCAGAAAAUCUUUUGACAAACCAAGCCUACCCUAGCCACAGUAGCUGUUUUAAUUGGGUGAGCCAGACUAUGACACAACUGAAAAUAGAAUCUAAUCAACAGAAACCUGUCAGAUUGUCAGCAGGCUUCAGUAAACCAGGGAUAUUUAACCUCAAUAGACUAUCAGUGUUUGUAACCUACACGUCAGACUCUAGUCAGAUGGUGCUGCAGAAACAUAACUCUCCGAGUGUCAUUGUCGUCAAUGAUGUAUCAUGAUAUUGUUCUAUAUGUAAACCUUGUUAUUUGUGUAUCAGUUGUAUGCUUUUAUUAGUGAUAAACAUUGUUAGAUAAAGUUGUCCUGCUUCAAAAGUAAAAAAAGUAUUGAUAUUGGGAAGGCUUUUUACAUAUUAGAUUGUAGAAAGGGGGAGGUUUUCAUAAAGAAUUAUAGCACAGAAUAAUUUUAUACCAGCUUGAGUAAAAAAAAUGCAAAAGGUCAGGUUUUUGGCUUCUGUGGUUUGUUCCUACCAAUGUUAGCCUUAUAAGUAAAUACACUUAGAGUGAAUUUCAUUCACACUUCUUUUGAAGGAAUAUAUACAAUAUCUUAAGAUGUAACCUUUAAAGGCUUUUUUCCCCCUAUUGGAUAAUAUCUUUUUCAUUUGUUAAUGAAAAGCUAUAGCAUAUAUGCAUUUUGUAUGCCUACCAUUUCAAAGCUAUUAUUUGCAUAGUAUAAACAGAGUCAAAUAUAUAAAGACUGCAUUUACAAAAGCCUGCCUACAUUUGAUUAAAGACAAUUAUUGUACUGCAGAGCUGUCUGUUUUAGCUGAGGAUAUCGUAGCUACAAUGUUAUGGAGCUCUAAAAUCUUUUAUCAGAUAUGCUUAUUGGUAGUUUUUACAGGAUAUCGUAGCUACAAUAUUAUGGAGCUGUAAUAACUUUCAUCAGAUAUGCUUAUUGGUAGUUUUUACAGGAUAUCGUAGCUACAAUAUUAUGGAGCUGUAAUAUCUUUUAUCAGAUAUGCUUAUUGGUAUUUUUUACAGGAUAUCGUAGCUACAAUAUUAUGGAGCUGUAAUAACUUUCAUCAGAUAUGCUUAUUGGUAGUUUUUACAGGAUAUCGUAGCUACAAUAUUAUGGAGCUGUAAUAUCUUUUAUCAGAUAUGCUUAUUGGUAGUUUUUACAGGAUAUCGUAGCUACAAUAUUAUGGAGCUGUAAUAUCUUUCAUCAGAUAUGCUUAUUGGUAGUUUUUACAGGAUAUCGUAGCUACAAUAUUAUGGAGCUGUAAUAACUUUCAUCAGAUAUGCUUAUUGGUAGUUUUUACAGGAUAUCGUAGCUACAAUAUUAUGGAGCUGUAAUAACUUUCAUCAGAUAUGCUUAUUGGUAGUUCUUAUGCUGGUAUAUCCUACAGCUAGUGCAAUGAAGAAAUAUAUUUUACUUCAGUUUUGUCUUUCGUAGAUAAAGUAAACCUUUCAAAAUUUCAAAAGAAAAUAUAAUUUUUAUGUUCAGAUUAUGUCAAGAUCAACUGUUUUAUAGUGAAAUUUAGGAGAGAAAACUAUUAUGCUUGAAUAGUGUAAGAAAAUUGUUAAUAUGAGUCAUUUUAAUAUUUAAAAAUCUGUGAUACUUUGUUAUUUUGCAUUUUAUUGAAUGUGUUCAUGAUCCUUUGAUGGUGGUAUAAGUUUAUCAGUGUUUGAUGUUGUAUGUGAAGGAAGUCUAGUUUUAGUUAUUUUAUCAAUCAGUAACACAGAGGUUUCUCAGAAAGCAUAUUUACAUAUAUAAAUUAAUAUUAUGCAUGUUUCUGGUCAGAGAAAGACCAAUUCAAAUAAAAAAAGAAUGUUGAAAAAAAGUUCAAAUAUCCAUAAAAAUUCCAAUUUGUGUAUGUGAGCGAGAAAAUCCGAAAACGUGAAGGUGGCCUGUACUGAUACAUAAAAUAUACAGUUGAGGUGCUUUUUGAAAAACCUCUGUAAUGAACGAGAAUACAUUUGGAUUGGUGUAAUUUUGGUUUCUUAAAUAAAGUGCAGAUAAAAAUUAUGAAUUAUAUAUACUAAAUAAAUAUGAUUUAACAUUCUGUUUUGAAGAAAGGUAAACAUUUGUAAAAAUUGCAUUGGUUAUAAUUCAAACAUUAACAUGAACAAUGUAAAACUUAGCUCGAAUAAACUUAUAAAUCCUCAAAAUAAAAAUAUCUAAAAAUAUCCCAAGUUUUUUUAACCACAAGUCAGAGUAUACAAAACUCAACACACACACUACACAUUAUUCAAAGUUGUAUUAACAAAAUCACUUUUGUUUGUGUAACAACAUCUUUCAUCAACCAUCAUAGUAAAUCUUUCAGCAGUCACAAUAUUCUCUGUGUGUAU